AUGGAAAAUUUUUUCCAUGAUUACUAUUUUAGGAUCCAGCCAAAAGUCACCAUCAGUGAUCUUGCUGCCCUCAAGCAGAGUGAAGAUGAACCUGCUCAAGACUUCAUAACCAGGUUCAGAAAACUCAAAAUGGCCCAAGCUGCCCUUAAAAUCUCUCUGAGAAAAAGAUAUGAUGGGAUGUUGUUUGGAGACCUGGCAGAACUGGCAGAUAAAGAUCUUAGGGAAGAACAAUAG